AGUUAUUGGGUGUUUGUUGGGCACGCAAGGCGUCUGCGGUAGACUGUGUUCUAUCGGAAGCCAAUAAUUUGGCAAGUCAUCGUCCAAUAUCGAAUAUGAAACCUUCACGCAAGAAAAUGAAACAACGAAACAUCGAUUGGAUGAUUGAGUGUAAUAACCAAACGCCAAUAGAAUUCUUUCGUUUUAUCCAACCGACACAUAAAGCCCGUGCGAUCGAAAAGUAUGGAAAAAUUCUCGAUGAAGCUAUCAGGUUGUGUAAAGCUCCGGACAAACAGUCGAAACUAAAAAACAUCAAAGAAACCGUUAAUUGUAAUUCGGAUUGGGAUGUGUGGCUGGUGGAAAAAAGAGCGAUGUCGAUUCGUGGUGAGAUCCACGAGACAAAUACUGAAGUUCAUAGAGAAUUGAACGUGGUCGUCAGAAAAAGAGUAAUAGAGCCGAACGAAGAAAGCUUGCGAAAACGACAAAAACCGUUGGAUGAAGAGCAAGAGAAUGAAGAGUAUGACAACGAAGCAGAAUCUUCAAGAUGUAUCAUGCGAAAACACAGCUGA